GUGCAUCACAGAGCCCCUCCAUGUACCAGCUGAGCCCGUUAACAAAACCCUCGUUAACGCAUAUGGAGAAAGGAAAAUGAACAUGAACAGAGAGAGAGAGAGACCCACGCACUCUUACGCGAUCCCUCUCUCGAUCUCAUCCCUCAAAUUCACCUGAAAACCCAGCAGUUCUCCCUCUGCACCCCAAUUCUCAGAUCCAUUUCCAUUAUCUACCAAUCAAUCAGUCAACCAAUCACUUCCGCUUCUUACUCUCUCUCUCAUCAUGGCGUGCAUAAAGGGCGUCAGCAGAUCGGCGUCGGUGGCCCUGGCGCCGGACGCGCCGUUCCUGGCGGCCGGGACCAUGGCGGGGGCAGUUGAUCUGUCGUUCAGUUCGUCGGCGAACCUCGAAAUCUUCAAGCUCGAUUUCCAGUCCGAAGAUCGGGACAUUCCGGUGGUGGGCGAGUCACCAAGCUCUGAGCGCUUCAAUCGAUUAACGUGGGGCAAGAACGGAUCCGGCUCGGAAGAGUUCUCGCUCGGGCUCAUAGCUGGUGGCCUCGUCGACGGCAAUAUUGAUCUCUGGAAUCCCCUCUCUCUGAUUCGUUCUGAAGAAGAAGAAGAAAAAGAAGAAGAAAGUGAAAGUGCUCUUGUUGGACAUCUUUCGAGGCACAAAGGACCCGUUCGUGGUCUGGAAUUUAAUACUAUUGCACCAAACCUACUUGCUUCUGGUGCUGAAGAAGGUGAAAUCUGUAUCUGGGAUUUGAAAGCACCAGCAGAACCUUCUCAUUAUCCACCUGUUCGGGGAAGUGGAUCUGCUGCUCAAGGUGAAAUUUCCUUUUUGUCCUGGAAUUGCAAGGUUCAGCAUAUACUGGCUUCCACUUCUUAUAAUGGGACAACUGUGGUUUGGGACCUGAAGAAGCAAAAACCAGUGAUAAGUUUUUCAGAUUCAGUUAGAAGACGGUGCUCUGUCUUGCAAUGGCAUCCUGAUGUUGCUACUCAGCUCGUUGUUGCAUCAGAUGAAGAUAAUUCACCAUCUCUUAGGCUUUGGGAUAUGCGGAAUAUAAUGACACCAGUAAAAGAGUUUGUUGGGCACACUAAAGGUGUAAUUGCAAUGUCGUGGUGUCCCACUGAUAGCUCCUAUUUACUUACCUGUGCCAAAGAUAAUCGCACAAUCUGUUGGGACACAGUUUCUGGGGAGAUUGCUUGUGAAUUGCCAGCUGGGACCAACUGGAAUUUUGACAUACACUGGUAUCCAAGGAUACCGGGAGUCAUAUCUGCCUCUUCGUUUGAUGGAAAAAUAGGCAUUUAUAAUAUUGAGGGUUGCAGCAGAUACGGUGUUAGUGAGAGUGAUUUUGGAUCAGCACCUUUGAGAGCUCCAAAAUGGUAUAAACGUCCAGUGGGGGUCUCUUUUGGUUUUGGAGGCAAGCUUGUUUCACAUCGAUCUAGGUCCUCAGCUGCGGGUACUUCAGCUGGAGCUUCAGAGGUUUUUGUGCAUACCUUAGUUACAGAGGACUCCUUGGUGAAUCGCUCAUCUGAAUUUGAAGCAGCAAUACAGAAUGGGGAAAGGUCUUUGCUGAAGGUUUUAUGUGAAAAAAAGUCGCAUGAGUGCGAAUCCGAGGAUGACAGAGAAACAUGGGGCUUCUUGAAGGUUAUGUUUGAAGAUGAGGGCACAGCAAGGACAAAGCUGCUGACCCACCUUGGUUUUAGUGCACCUACUGAAGGAAAAGAUGCUGCGCAAGAUGAUUUAUCCCAGCAGAUAAAUGCACUUGGUGUCGAUGAAAAAGUUUUAGAUAAAGACGUACAUGUGGGGGAUAAAGAAACUGCCAUAUUCCCUUCUGACAACGGGGAAGAUUUCUUUAACAAUCUUCCAAGCCCUAAAGCUGAUACUCCUUUAUCAUCUUCUGGUGGUAACUUUGUUGCUGAAGAUGCUGUUCCUAGUGGGGAGCAAAUGCAACAAGAAUCGGAUGGGCAGGAUGAGUGUGCUGAUCCAUCCUUUGAUGAUGGCAUUCAGCGGGCUUUGGUGGUUGGAGACUACAAGGGGGCUGUUGCACAGUGCAUAUCUGCAAAUAAAAUUGCUGAUGCCUUAGUUAUUGCUCAUGUGGGUGGUGCUUCUUUGUGGGAGAGUACACGGGAUCAAUACCUUAAGAUGAGCCAUUCACCUUACCUCAAGGUUGUUUCUGCAAUGGUGAAUAACGAUCUCAUGAAUCUUGUGCACAAUAGGCCCCUGAAAUCCUGGAAAGAAACACUUGCUCUUCUCUGCACUUUUGCACGUGGGGAGGAAUGGACUUUGCUUUGUGACACCCUUGCUUCAAAACUCAUGGUUGCUGGAAAUACACUGGCUGCAACCCUCUGCUAUAUAUGUGCUGGAAAUAUCGACAAAACAGUGGAGAUCUGGUCCCGGAGUUUGGCAACUGUGUACGAGGGGAAAUCCUAUGUGGACCUUCUUCAGGACUUAAUGGAGAAAACUAUUGUCCUUGCUUUGGCAACUGGGCAGAAGCAAUUUAGCACUUCUUUGUACAAGCUUGUUGAAAAUUAUGCAGAAAUAUUAGCAAGUCAGGGACUACUGUCAACUGCUAUGGAGUACUUGAAACUUUUGGGGUCCGACGAAUUGUCUCCUGAACUUGUCAUCUUACGUGAUCGUAUUGCUUUCUCUACUGAACCAGAGCCUAAGACUGUGUCUUUUGAAAACUUUCAAGCACAGUCUGGAACAGUAUAUGGUGCUGGUCAGUCAAAUUUCGGUGUAGUUGAGGCAUCUCAACCUUAUUAUCAGGAAACAGUUCCAUCACAAGUGCAGCCGAGCGUUCCCAGCAGUCCAUAUGGUGAAACUUAUCAACAACCUUUUGCUUCUUCAUAUGGCAGAGGAUAUGGUGCUCCUGCUCAAUAUCAGCCGGCACCGCAACCUCACAUAUUUCUACCUUCCCAGGCUCCUCAGGUUCCUCCGGCCAACUUUGCUACACCUCCUAUUACCACUCAGCCAGCUGUGAGACCCUUCGUCCCUGCAACACCACCUGUGCUGAGAAAUGUGGAACAAUAUCAGCAACCCACGUUGGGUUCUCAGUUGUAUCCUCAAACUGGUAACCCUGCUUACCAACCACCUGGAACUGGUUCGCUUGCCCCUGCCACGUCUCAUGUGGGCCCAGUUCCUGGCCAAAAGAUGCCCCAGAUUGUGGCCCCUGCACCAGCACCAAGGGGAUUUAUGCCAGUUAUUAAUUCUGGUGUUGCCCAAAGACCUGGAAUUGGUACAUUGCAACCAACAAGUCCAACUCAUCUGGCACCAGUGCAACCAGCCAUAACACCUGCAGCUCCACCACCUACAGUUCAGACGGUUGAUACUUCGAACGUACCUGCCCAACAACGACCGGUCAUUUCAACGUUAACAAAACUUUUCAAUGAAACAUCGGAAGUGCUAGGAGGUUCUCGUGCAAAUCCAGCCAAGAAGCGGGAGAUAGAAGACAAUUCGAGGAGAAUAGGUGCUCUGUUUGCUAAACUCAACAGUGGGGACAUUUCUAAAAAUGCUUUGGAAAAACUAGUUCAGCUUUGCCAGGCUCUGGAUAAUGGUGACUUUGGUACUGCUCUGCAAAUCCAGGUUCUUCUUACAACGAGUGAAUGGGAGGAGUGCAGCUUCUGGUUAGCAACACUAAAGCGAAUGAUUAAGACUAGGCAGAAUGCGAGAUUAAGUUAGAAGGGACAAACAAAAUACUUCUUUUCAUUCAAUGCUUGGUUUGCAAAUCUUUUUGCCUGCGAGAGCUCUAAUGACAGCAUCUAUCUUCCCCCUUUUUUGUACACGAAAAUGGCUCCUGUCAAUUGCAGUUUCCUGGAUUUGGCCCUACAGUAUCAUUUCAGUGUUGUGCUAUUUUUGGAAGCCAUUGAGGGAAGAUUCUUCUCAGGACACAGUGGCUUGGCCUGAUUGAUUUUUUUUUUUUUUGGUUAUAAUUUGAUAUCUGUAGCAUUGAAAGCAAGAGUUUUGUUAUGAUUCUUAAAAAGUUUUUCUUUAUAUUUAAUUUUUUUCCCUUUUGAAAUAUAGUUUGCCCCUGGCAAUACUUGCUUUUUGCGAGUUUUUCAUCAAGCAUGGUAUCCUUGCAUGGCCCAUUAAUUUGUAGUUGUACCGACUUGUGUUCUUAUCAAUAGUGUGUACGCUCAAAAUUUAAAUAAGAAUGAAUUCUAGUUUUCUUGGCA